AUGUCUCUCUCUCUCCUCCGACUCCGCAUCCGCUCCGCCCUCUAUUUCUCCUCUCGGAUCUACCAGCAACACCGCCAAGUCUCCUCUCUCCCCCAUCCCACUCCUAUCUCAGCCGCCGACGUCCCUUUCCCUCUCCCGAGAGAUCCGUCGUCACCACCCCUGGUGGCGCCUCCGAAAUUGGAAUGCUGCACCACCCAGCUAAACACCAGAGUAAAGCUAAUGAUCAAGAUGUUAAACCUCGACUACGCGGCGGAGCUCUCGCGUUACGCCGUCUUCACAAAAAGCCGCCAAAACGUCACCGUCGAGAUCUGCGAGGCCAUAAUCAAUGCAAUGUGCAAAGCCAAGCGUUACAACGACGCAUUACAUCACUUCCAUUACUUCUUCAACGACUACAACCUCAAACCAAACAUCUCUUGCUGCAACCACAUCAUCGGUGCACUUUGUGAUCAACAUCGUCUCGACGACGCAUUUGCACUGUACGGUCACAUCUUGGAAAACGCUUCUUUCCUCCGUCCAAACGAAGAGACACACCAGCUCUUAGCGAAAGGUUUGAUUGAUGCGGACAAGCUUCAAAGCGCUUUGCAUUUCGUCAGGAGAUUGAUGAAUAAAGAAGACGACGUCGGUUCCUCUGUGCUUAACCAUCUGAUUCGUGGCCACUUGAAAGACGGGGACUUCACGUCUGCCAAGAGAAUCUUCGAUAUACUGAAGCUGAAACGUGUCUCCUCGACGGAUGCUCAAGUUUUCGACUUGGUUUAUUCUUUCCUUGGUGGAGACUACAAUGAGAUUGCUAUCGUGAAGGCCACGUUCAUGGAGUUUUGGUUUGAGAAAGGAGAUGAUAAGGAAGCUAUGGAGUGUUACAUGACUCUUGCGCCCAAAGAUUUCAGAAUGAAUGCAAAAACCGGUAAUACCCUUCUGCAACUUUUCCUUAAGUACGGCAAGAGAACCGAAGCUUGGACAUUGUUCUACCAAAUGCUGGAGAGACGCAAUGAGCAGCCAUCAAGGUUCGAUUCAGAGACUUGUAAUAUAAUGGUGAACGAGUGUUUCAAGCUAGGAGAGAUUAGUGAAGCAAUCAAGACCUUUGACAAGGUUAAGACCGUUGAGGAUGAUGAGUCACAACUAUGUUACGCAAACAUACUCGCAAGAUUAUGUGAGCAGGGCAUGUUGCCAGAAGCAGAGACUUACUUUGCGGAGAUGUUGCAAGAUUCGACGAUGCCUUCCGAGUGUUGGACCGAGCAGUGGAAGCAAAACUAA